AAUCGACAAUUGAAAGGUACAAGAAGGCAAUCGCUGACAAUUCAAACUCAGCAAUACUACCAGCAGGAAGCAACAAAGUUACGUCACCAAAUACAGAUUCUACAGAAUGCAAACAGGCACUUGGCAGGAGAAGGUUUAAGUUCUUUAACCAUAAAGGAACUCAAGCAACUUGAAAGCAGACUAGAAAGAGGAAUUGCACGUAUCAGAUCAAAGAAGCAUGAGUUGCUCUUUGCGGAGAUUGAGUACAUGCAGAAAAGAGAGCUGGAACUUCAAAAUGACAAUACGUAUCUUAGAUCAAAGAAUCCAAAUAGGGCUAUGAAAAUAAAAAAUCUACAAAAGCUUGUGAUCAAGGAACUUCAGGACUUAGGUGUAACGGGAGACAAGGCUCAGCUUCAGGAAAUGCUAAUGAACAAGAUAAAAUCAAGUUCUCAAUUUGUUAUUGAUGACAAGUGCAUUCGGUUGGUGGAGAGGACUGAGCAAUCAUGA